AUGGCUUCCAUGAUUCAACGAUAUUAUGAGACAAAGGAACCAUAUGGUGUUUAUGGACGAGUUUUCUUUACCUGGUGUUCUAGCGUUUCAGAUUUACCGCUAGCUAAAACACAAAGUUAUACGAAUAUUGCAUCAUUGGCACACUUUGCAUAUGCAACAGCAAGCUUAUUCCGAAACCAAUAUGAAUUUCGUUAUCUAGCUCAUACUUCUGAUUUUCAUAACAAGCAUAAAGAGAAAUUUGAUCGUGAACCUCGUCUAAUAGAAGAGUUGGAGAAAAAGAAUAUUACAACACUACCAACAUAUUCUGAUUCUUUAAAUCACUCGGAUAUUCAAACCAACGGUAUUGAUGAUGGAAAGGACGACGAUAAUGUUUCACCAUUUAAACUUUUGCAAGCAUUACUGGCCGAUUGGUGGAAAGCAUCAAACACCACAGAACAUCAUUUAAAAGGUAUUCGUCGUAAGGUGGUUCAAAAUCUAUCAAAGUCUAUUUGGUCUAUCAAAAUCAUUCGUGUGAUUUUCCAAUUGAUGAGUAUUCAUUUGGAUAAAAUUGAUCAAAAAUAA